CCUUCACUCCAACCCCACGCACAGACACUCUCUCUCUCGUUAAUAAACAAUGUUAGGAUUUAAAAAAACUAUUAGAUAUUUCACUCGAUACUCAUAUAUCGAUACAGAAUGCAUGCCUGUGUUAUUAUUAUAUAAAAUAUUGAAUAAUUCACCUCCGCCCUCCACGGUCGAGUUGACAAAGCCUCAACACUUGUGCAUAAAACCCAACCUCAAUGCCAUUCUCAGUGGAGUACUUCAAAUUCAAACCUACAAUAAUGUCGUCUCUUCCACUCAUCCUCCUCUUCUUCUCCCUCUUCAUUCCUUCUUCAACAUUCGCAGCUCUCCUCUCUCCCAUCACCAAAGACCACACAACCCGUCUAUACACACUCUCAAUCUACCUCAAAACCCCUCUCCAACCCACCAAACUCCUCCUCGACCUCGGCGCCUCCUUCACCUGGGUCGACUGCACCCUCAACUACACCUCCUCCACCUACCACUCCAUCCCCUGCUCGACCCCCCUCUGCGACUCCCUCCACUCCCUCGCCUGCUCCAACUGCUUCCAACCCCCCUCUCCUGGCUGCGCCAACAACUCAUGCGCCAUGUUCCCCGAAAACUCCGUCACUCGCCAGUCCAUCAUCGCAGAGGCACUGGUUGACUCGCUCGCCUUGCCCACCACCACCGAUCCGGGUCGACUCGCCCGAAUCCCCGACUUCGUCUUCUCCUGCUCCAAAACCUCUCUCCUCAAGGGUCUCGCCAAGGGGGUCACCGGCCUGGCCGGUCUAGGCCGCUCCAACAUCUCGCUCCCUGCGCAGGUUAGCACCGCCCUCUCUUCGCCAUUCUUGUUUGCGCUCUGCCUCUCCGGCUCUCGCUCGGCUUCGGGAGUCGCGCUUUUUAACGCCGGUGGGCCCUACCAUUUUCUUCCCAAAAUUGACCUUGCGAGGUUUCUUAUUUAUACUGCGCUCGUUUUGAACCCGGUAGGGGACACCAUAAUAACCUACCUACACCCGUCUGAUGAGUAUUUUAUUGGAGUCAACGCUAUAAAAGUCAACGGAAAGGAGGUUCAGAUCAAUAAGACAUUGCUGGCCAUUGAUGAGAAUGGUUUUGGUGGGACCAAGAUCAGCACCGUCGCUCCUUACACGGUUCUCCAGACGUCGAUUUACAAGGCUUUUAAUGAGGCGUUUGUGAAGGAAUCCGCUGGGCUCAACCUCACGGUAACGAAACCUGUGAAGCCAUUCAGUGUGUGUUACGGAGCAGCGGAUGUGCUGAGUACGCGUGUGGGACCGGCUGUGCCGACCGUUGAUCUGGUGAUGCAGAGCGAUGAUGUGUUCUGGAGGAUCUUUGGUGCGAAUUCGAUGGUGAGGAUUAAGAAGAAGGAUGCGGAUGUGUGGUGUUUGGGGUUUGUGGAUGGUGGGGCCAACCCGAGGACGUCGAUCGUGAUCGGAGGGUUUCAGAUGGAGGAUAAUCUUCUAGAGGUUGAUGUGGGCUCGAAGAGACUAGGAUUUACUUCUUCAGUCUUGCUUCACGGUACCACGUGUGCUAACUUCAACUUCACUAUCAAUUAGGGAUGGAAAACGGUUUAUCCGAACCGCUCAAACGGUUCAAUCCGUCCAAUCAGCAUAUAAAUGGGCGGUUUCGCAAACAUAAUGCAGGCGGAUGCGGUUUGAAAUAUGACAAAAUUACGGGUUGCGGGCGGGUCGCGGUUAA